CUUCUUUCAAACAGGUCUCAAAAUUGUCCCAACCUGUAAAUCUUCGAGAUAACAUAAUAUCAUUGAAGAUUCGUCCUAUAUCAUGCAUCAUCACGAUGGAAUCGUCUUCGUUACUUGAAGAAUGAACGUUAUCAGACAUAGUGUGGCUGAACUCAACUCAAAUCUAAAAAUGUCUUGAUUUGACCGCUUCUGAAAAUUUUCACGAAUUGUCGAUGUGACGCACCAAUCAUUUUGCGACAGUUUGACCUUCAAGUGCUCGCAACCCCCAUCAGUGGACGAUACCCUAGGAGCGUUGCCGUAGUAGUCCACUCGUCUAUACCUAGAUAACUCUGUGAACACUGUUCUCGUUUGUUGUCAUGUCUAGCAAGCACAAAAAGAAAAAUCUGGGACUUUAUGGCUAGUUAAAGAAAUAUUUAGUAUGUUGUUUACAAUAAGUGCUAACUGCCCAACCUCCCUAUUUUGGGCAACUGUGGGUAAUUUUUCGGGUUUUCCUCAAAACCGUAAAAAAUAUAGUAGUUUUCCCUAAAGUUUAGGGGAAUUUUGGGGAAAAACCUUAAAGUGUUGUAAGAUUUAGGGGAAAUAUUGGAGAAAACCUAGACAUUUCCCCAAACAUUCUCAGGAUUUUCCACAGACCUGGGGAAAUUUCGGGAUUUUCAUGCCAUUUCCCUAAAACUUCCCCAAAGUUUCCUAUCGUAGUUCCCCUCAAAUAGGGGGAUUGGGUGUGUACAGAGUUAAUGCUGUUGUUCCUUAACUACAUAGAAAAUUUAGGGUUUCUGUAGCUGAAAAGUCCCUAGCACUUAAGUGCUGUUCAGUACUUUAAUUAUCAGAGGGAAGAUUGUUUAUGAUUUCAAUAAAUAAAAAGUUUGAAAACUCAAAUGACACAGUGAAAGGUCAAAAAAAUCGGUUGGUAUCUACUAGCUCAUAAAAACAUUAUAUAUCUGGAGAAUGUGAUCUAAGUGAAUGCUAAAUAUUAGCACAGAGUCCUCAGCUUCCACGUGUAUCGAUUACCAUUGCUAUUACUACUACUACUAUUACUGCAUUAUAUGUUAUAACUAACCUCUUCCGAUUGGCAUUUAAAUCUACAUAAAAUCAAAUGUCUUCCUUAAAACCAUUCUCAGGCUUUUUUUUAUAUAGGAAACCAUACAACUAAUCGACAAAUUCUCUUGCUAUCCAUUCAUAGCCUCAAAAUCUAACUAACCAGGCCACAUAUCUCUACUCGCCUUGGUGAUGUUAAGUGUAGAAAUUUGGGCAGACGGAUAUGUUUGUUAGGUUUUAUGUCAUUUAUGUUUGCUUUUGUGUACAAAUAUCCACUUAUCUGCCAGAAUCCAGGAUAAUUACAUGGAAGUAGACUUUUGUAAGUCAUUCUUGUCCUCCACGGUACGUCUUUGUCUUGUUUGCUUUUGAUAGUUACAAGUAGUAAGAUGCGUUUAUAAAUUUUGUCUUCGAAUAGAAUUUCGUACGAAAUUUAUGAUAGUUGGACAAAGCAUUUCUAACUGUACUUUAUUAUAUUUCUCUUCACGUUACUGCCGUGGAGCGAUAGUUUGGUUAUUAAGACACGAGUUCUAGCCACUAAGUCUCGGGUCCAUUUACCACAACUUGUACUUUCGUUUGUGAACUCGGGUAUUAUCGUUACCUUUCAGAGAAUAUGUAGCUCAAGUUCGAGUAUCUAAACUGUUAUUUUCUAAAAACUUAUAUAAGCCUAAUUAUUUCGCUUGAGAAAUACAUUAUCCAUGUUGUAAUUUUACAUGGUGGGCUUUGUGCACAACUUGUUACGUUACAAUUUAUGGCUUUUGCAUUGUACUGAAGUGUUUAUUUAUUUAUUUUUUGCUCACAACUCGUAGCAGAACUAAGUUAUGAUGUCAAGUGAAGUGAUAGGGAUUCAGAAGACGGUGAUACAUGUGUUAAGUAAUAAUGAUUCCUGCUGCACUUUUACUAUUUCAACAUUUCUCAGUUGUUUCUACUUCAAACAAAUAAAUAUCUCCAGACUCAAUUCUCCUGGACAGAUUGUUUGAUUGAGUAUCUUAAUGAACAAACAGAUCAAAACUGUAGUUCUUGAAUUUCGACUAACAUUCAUAAAUCAUCAGUUAAUUCUUCGUGUAUAUUAUAGUGAUUUUUUAUGGUACCUCCAUGCUAUACUUUUCAAUGUGUUAAAUGCUUGAAAAUAUCAAAACUUCCAGAAACUGUUAAAAGGCCUUCAAGUUCAUCAGAGUGAUUAAACAAUCCUUUUUUGAGGAGUGAUGUUCGAGUAAAAGUUUUGUAUAUUUACGGUUGAGGCUUCUGAAAUACUAAAUGUGCAGUCACCAUUCCAUGACCACCUGACGAUAAAGUACUGUUGAUUUGUGAUGAACUAGUGAAUAUUAUACUUUGGUAAAUGCUUUAUGAUGGGUCUAUAUUUCUCUCUUUGAUUGCACUAAAGAUCAGUAGACAACUGGAACUACUCGGUAUAACCAUUUACUUCGUAAGUUUUAUGUAGGGUUUUCGUUGAACUCCAGUUUUAGUUGCCCAUACUCAGACUACGAUUUCAUGAAUCUCCUGGUAUUCUACAAUAACUGACUUUUUAAUUCGAUAUUUGUCCGAUUCUUUAAUGUUACUAAGCUAUAAUCAAUGUCGUUUUAGCUGUCUCAGAUUCGGUAAUUUUGAAGACAUUAAUGUUUGACUUUGUGUUAUGAAGAUGUGCCCAUAGUGCAAAUGAUCGCUAAUUACUUGGAACAGUUUCACGUUACCUUAUUUGUGAAUUUAUUUCACUCCUUACUUCUUAUUCUAGAACGUGAACCACUUAUUAAAACGUUUAAAUUUUGAGGCUAGUGGACUCCACUUAGCUCUUAUAUAUAAAACUUAAUCAGAAACUAGAACGUUUUAUGUCCCAAACUGGGAUUGGAGGUGUAAGUAUGAAUACUUGUACUGUAGAGAUUACCAUAACCUUUUGUAUCAUGUGUAGUAAAGUCGAAAACCUGAGUUUUUCAUUUUAUGCUAACAGUCGUCAGUUCUGGGCACCAUGACACGAAAUUUGGAUUUAGUACUCAUUAAUGUCGGUCAUACUACUCACCGACUAAGUCUUACCAGAAUGACAAUCUUUUUGCUGGUAAAACUCGGUCAAUCAGUUAUGUGAUCAGAAAUUUAUGUUUCUAUACGUUAUUGGAAGUCUACUAAGUAUCUGACUUCUUGCUACUAAGAAGUCGGAAUGUUCAUUUUACUAGUAAUUUACAGAAUCUUUUAAUUAUUCUGUAACUACUGGUUAACAGUGAUUAGGCUACUCAGUUAUUCUGUAGUAAUAAGCAAUAAAUUUACGUUUGUUGGUAUCGUAAAUCUGCUUUGAAAUUACUUUGAAAAUAUAUUCCAUACAUGUUUUUAUUUAUUAGAUAUCUUAUACUCUAUUUACUUGUGUAAUAGGUUUUAUUUUUGCUAUACUGGACUUGUUAACAUAAAGUAUUUGUUUAUAUUUGGAUUAGUUAGAUAAAAUAAGCUCAAACUUUUGUGUUUCUUUAAAUGAUUAUGUUGUGGGUGGUUCAAUUGUACAAUAAUAGUAUCACAAGUUCAUUAUAAAGUUUUCAAUUUUCCAACUUUUCAGAACUGGAUUUUAUGACGCAAUGGAGAAGCAGAAGAGUAAUUAUUUUAACAUAAAAGUGUAUAGGCGACAUUUCUCAAGAAAACAAACCUUGGGUUUUAUGUUUUUCUUUACAUUAUUUUUAAUUCUUGUUAUAUCAAUCUCAUAUUUAGUUUAUAGUAAUCAGGGCCUGAGUUUAAAUUAUUUUGAACAUCAGCCUAAUGUGGAUUUGUACGUGAUAUAUGAAAAUGAGUUCAAAAUGUCGAACAACAAGUCAUCGGUUAAACCUAUAAAUCCUGUUAAAUUUAACGCAAUUCUCCAACCAAUACAUUCUUGUAAAUUGUCCAAUCAAUCUGAUGCUUCACCAGAUCUAGUUAUUUUUGUCAAAUCAGCGUUGUUACACUUUGAGUCACGUAAUAAUAUACGCCAAUCUUGGGGUAAUUCAAACUGUUUCCGUUAUUCCGGAGUGCGUGCUCGAACUCUUUUUAUUCUUGGUAGAUCAGGUUCCACCGAUUGGGAAAAUUCCAGUACUCAAAAUCUGGUAUUACAAGAACAUAUAAAGCAUAACGAUAUAGUUCAGUUUGAUUUUAUUGAGGACUAUCAUAAUGUUACGUAUAAGCUGAUAGCGACAUUAGACUUUGCUAUCAAUGAAUGUUCCUCUCCUCGAUUUUUCACUUUGAUUGACGAUGAUUUCAUGUUGCACCCGUCUAAUUUGCUUCGGACACUUGCCGAAGUUACUGAAACUCAGUAUUUGAACUAUAUAGCUGGUGAUGUGUUGCGUAUCUCCAAACCGAUGAGGUUCCCGUCCAAUAAAUGGUAUAUAUCCUACUCAGACUAUCCAUACAAUUUGUAUCCACCCUUUCCUACUGGCGGAACCAUUAUUCUUAGCAUGCCUGUCGCAAAGCUGCUUUCCGUUGGUCUGAGAUAUACUAAAUUACUUCCUUUUGAAGAUGUUGUAAUCGGCCUUAUAUUAUAUAAUCUGGGUAUUAGCCCUGUACAUUUGGAUGGUGUUUUUGCAGUUCGUCAAUCAGACGAUCAUAUUGAUCUCAUAAGUCUUCAUGGGUAUGGUGAUAGUUCCUUUUCUUUAUCUAGUUGGAAUAAGCUUGGUUUACAGACUGUUUGCAACGAGUAGCUUGUUUUCUUGGUUGCUUCUUUGUUAUUGUUUGUAUAUUCAAUAUGUUACAGUUUGUUAACGUUAUGUUAACCUUGGAGAAUUUCUAGUCAACUAAUAUUCACUUUUUGAUUUGCUGAUAACUUCUUUGAAAGUGCAGUUACUUAGUUACUUGUAAAAAUGUCACACCUAAAAUUUCGCAUACUAAUAAUCAAACUGUUUGUUACUCAACUUGUCAAAUAACUAAUCACAAACUAUCUAACUGUAAUGUAAAUAUUUAUUAAAUUCUCAUCUUGCAAAUAAGUCGUAACUACAUAUUUUUCAUUUCAAAUUAAAAGUAACUUGCUAUAAAAAUAUUCGUAAUGCUUUUUUAUUUGUACAAAUAUUGAGAAAGCAUACGUCUGAAAAGAUGCUACCUCAGUUAUAGGAUAAGUUCAAGAAUCUGAAAAGUUAAUGCAUUAGUAAAAAUUAUUGCCUCCUAAUACAAUCAAUGUCUCUUAACGGGAAAGAAAGUAGGCUAUCCCAGAUAAAAAUACAGUUAAGUAUUAGUUGUUAGGUAUUCAAUCUCUGGCCUAUCCGUCCGGGUGAUUAGAUCAAAGCUUAUGCUUUCUUAAAUGUUUCUGUCUGGCUGAUAACCGAGUCGAACAUUGAUUAAGUUAACGGGAAAUAAAUGUAGGCUGUUAGAUAAUGAGGUAGAAGUUUACGUCUUUUAACUCAUGUUACUACAUGAACUCAAUAAUUUUAAUUAUGGGUUAAUAAACUUAAAUAGUUGAACCACUUUCCGCUGUAAUUUUGGGUUUGCUGGAGAAGAUGUUUGUAGAGUUGUAUUUUUGCUAAAUAUUAGCCUUUUGUGAUCUCAGGCUGUAUAUUAUUCCUAUUGCUUAGCAAAACAUAGGUUACUUGAGGUGAAAUUCGUUUUUGUCUCCAAUUCUUACCGUUGAGUAAUGAAUGGCUGAUUUGGUGGAGUUUUUUCUUCUAUGCAAUUCACAGUGUUUGAAAUGUAGUUUCAUUCGCUUGUUUCUCUAAGUGUAAAGUCUGUUAACAUAUAGUCGUUUAAUCAGUAAUGGGUUUGACUAUUACUUCUUUCCGAAUCCAGUAAUUUUGUAAUUAUGAAGUAGUUUCAUUUGAUAUAUCCAGAUUCUCUUGUUCACAUAUGUGAUGCCAUUGACAGGUAUGAUGAUCUGUGAUAGGUUUACAAAGAAUGUUAUUCAUAAGUAACAAAUGGGUAGCAACAUAUACAAUCUCAAAGUUUUCAAAAUAUUGUCUUGUAAUAACUUUUCUUACUAAAUGACUGUGAAAAGGUCACUGCACGUCAUUGCUGUGGUUGUAAGCACGUAAGGGAUAGUAGCUGAUUGUGUUGAAAAUAAGCGAAAUCGUGUGCUCUCUCAAAUAAACACAGUCUUUGAUAGUCGAAAACUAGUAAGAUCGGGUCGAUACUGGAUCUGGAGCCGCUCUAGAGGUACUGUUUGUUUCAAGCCCGCAGAAACGAAAUGAUUUGGUUGUAGGGUUAGUAAUUCCGCCUCAUAUAAAAAAGUUUUGCUAAAGAAAGCACACCAGUCAAAACGAUCACUCAAAAUCUGCCCUAGAGAUAAAGAGUCUUCGUGUAGAUGACAUGAUGUCUCAUAAUAAAAGCCGAAAUUCUUUCGAAGUCAUAGAGCCGAUACUCUUUCUGGCAACCAAAGCAAUAAUUAAUAUAGUAUAUUGAGUGUUUGAAAAAUGUGGGAUACUAGUACGACCAUCCAAAUAGCGGCAAAAUUGAGAAGAUAUUGUCUGGGAGUGUUUGGAAUAAGUGAAACGCAUUGGACACAAUCUGGACAAAAAUGUUAACUUCAGGAGAGCUUUUACUGUACUCUAGUCGUGAAGAAGAAAAUAUCUGACGCAUAGAUAGAGGACCUAAAAGUCAAGAUUGGGGUUGAUAGCACGUCUCGCGAAUAGAUCAUGUGGUGACAUGAAAUAGACGAAAGGAAUGGAGAUGGUCAGAGACUGGUAGAUCUAUGUACUUCCGACAGUGUGCUUAUUAGCGACAUCAAUUUCCUCCAAAUGCGUACGAAGAACUUCAUGAAUUUCACCGGACCAUACCAUGGUAAACCAACCCUAUACAUCUGCAUAAAACAAUUACGAAAUUUUAUCUAAGUUGAAGAAACAAAAAGAAGAGACGAUAGAGCUUCAUGUCACAAUCUGAUGACGGGCAAACUAAAAUUGUAGUCAAAGUAGCACUGAAAAACUGGAUAAGUGGCACAAAAAUGUUCCACAAGACCUUCCAUCGAAAUGCUAGCAAACUCUUAGCGAAAACUGAGUGUUAUAAUAUAUACUUGGAGAAGUGGAAACUGCCGCGGCGAGCAGCUGGAAAGGGAUUAAUGCAGCAAUAAAUUCAAGAUAUCUGGAAGUGCUCGGCCCCAACUGACAUCAGCGUAGAAGUUGGACCCUUGUAGACAGCGUAGGUAAGAUUCAAGGUAUGAAAAACAAGAAGACGGCAUUCGGCAACAAUAGAAAUAAUUAAGAGACAGCUGAGGCAUUGGCUGAAUAUGCAGAAACAAAC